AUGCCUAAUCCCCAGAGCAUCUCACCUCUUCGGACCCUCCUGGCUCAGAGAGGAGUCUGCCGCUGCUCAUCUGUCCAGCAACGUCUUCUCUCCAGCACCCGCAGAAAUGCAUCGCCCACUCAAGCACCGCCCAUCUCGGGCUACGGCUCUGCAGAGCUCCUGCGCCGACACCACAAGCAAGAACUUCUCACGCCGUCACAGGUCGCCAAAGCAGAGCGAGCUCGGAGCGUGAAGAGAAUGCGCUGGUCGGCGUAUGGCAUUGUCGCCUGCGCCGCCGCCAUCUUCGGCACAAUCGUGCUGUACCCGGAUCCGAGAAAGGCGGAGAGGAGGCGACUGCUGGACCUGCAAGAAGAGGAGAAAACGGAUGUCGUUAAGCUCGAUGCUCCGCCCUCGAUCGGUGGUGGCCUUGUAGACCCUCUCGCGAAGCCUGACGACGUCGAGCAGGUUCCGACAGGCACCUCGACCAUCCCCACAUUCCCCAAAACCAUCCACCUCCCCAGCACCGCACCAGCAUCUAGCCCUGCCGCUGCAAACGAACCCAACAACGGCCAACAAUCCUCCGUUGAAUACCAGCUCGUCGGGCUCGGCGUCCGCACAGUCUCGAUCCUCAGCAUCCAAGUUUACGUGGUGGGUCUAUACAUCGCAGUCAGCGACAUCGCGGCUCUACAGGAACGACUCGUCCACAGCGUCGCAGCCGCCGACGUGGCGACCACUCUUGUGCCCGGGGAGAAGAAAACCCUGCGCGAGAAACUCCUUGACAAAGACGAGGGCGAAGACCUCUGGAACGCCAUCAUCCGCGACGGAAACCUGCGCACCGCCUUCCGCAUCGUGCCUACCCGCGCCACGGACUUCAUGCAUCUGAGGGACGGGUUCGUCAGGGGCGUCACGGCGCGCAGCGCGCAUUUCGCCUCUGAUCGCCAGGAUCUGUCGUUCCAGGACGAAAGUUUUGGCCAGGCCCUCAAUGAGUUCAAAUCCGUGUUUGGUGGUACCGCGCGCAGGAAGCUGCCAAAAGGUGAGGUCCUGCUACUUUCCAGGGAUGCUCGCGGCACGAUGGGCGUGUACAGUGAGGACAAUACUGGCACGAGGGUUCAUAUGGGUGAGGUUGCGGAUGAACGCGUAGGGAGGCUGUUGGCUCUGAAUUAUCUUGCUGGUGCGCAAGUCAGCUCCGAGCCGCUGAGGAAGAGUGUCAUUGAUGGCGUAUUGGAGUUCGUGGAACGGCCGGUCGGUACCGUUGCUACGCAGGUCGUGUAG